GUUGCAAUUCGAAAGCGGAACUCAUCGGAGGCAUCAUAACGUGGCUAGGAAAAAGGUGUGCGCAACAAACAACAGAGUGAUUGUUCUUUGGAGUUACGAUCGAGAACCGUAAGCCAGAGCGUGUGGAUAUAACUAUAGUUCGGUUCGAAAAACAAGUAAAUUCGAGAUACGAGAGCCAAGAAGGACUAACAACUCAUUGGUGACCUCAAAACAGGAAGAAAUUGUUAAGAUGAUCUGAAUGUGAUAAGUGCACUGGUUUGAUAAGUGCAUUCGAUACGUGCGUGCACACACGGAGCAGGUCGGUCGUAUCGAGUUGUUAAGUGAAAACUAACUCUUCAACAAACUCCCCACCUCGUCACGAAGUGUUUCACUUUCGUUAUAAGUCGGCGUACAAAUACCGUGAAACGAUAUUCGGAGAUCCUUCUUCGGAAAUUGUUUAGAUCCUUUUAGAAGACACUUUCGGCACGAGUCCGGCCAUUCGGUGCUGUGACAGUCAACCGGAUCGACGACCGACGACGACAUGCUGCUGAUCGACUGCUUCCGUCGGCCCUCGCAUGAACUGCAGACUCGCAAGAAGCAAUCCUCGAAGGAGAUCGUCCAGCGAUGUCCCUCGAUCCGUGAUCCGGUGAAGAUACUGCUGCUCGGUGCAGGCGAAUCGGGCAAAACCACCAUCAUCAAGCAGAUGCGCAUUCUGCACGUUCAGAAUAGCUACAGCUUCGAUGAGCGGUUGGAGAAGCUGGCGGAUCUCUACGAGAACAUCCACGAGUCGAUCUACGAGUUAGUACGUGAAGCGAUCCUUCUCGAUCUCGAGUUUGAUUCGGCCACCAAUCAACGAUGUGCGGAGUACAUCCUAAGACUGGGCCGGCAGCCACCUUGGACGCUCUCGGUGGAGUACGUCCAGUGCGUACGGUUGCUCUGGGCGGAUUCGGGCAUUAGACGGUGCUACAAACGGGCCAAUGAGUUCCAGCUCAACGAUAGUGCCAAGUACUUUUUGGAUCGUGUAGAAAAGAUCUCAAUGCCCGGCUACAUACCCUCGAACGGGGACAUACUGAACUGUCGGAAAACGACGACCGGUAUCCAGGAGACGCGUUUCAACGUACGCAUGCCGGCGUCGGUCGGUGGAGGCUUCCAGGAGUUUCGAAUGUUCGAUGUCGGUGGCCAACGGCACCACCGGAGCAAGUGGAUGCAGGCCUUCGAGGGUGUGCACGCCGUGCUGUUCCUCAUCUCGUGCGGUGGCUUCGAUCAAACGUUACGCGAAGAUCCGAAGCAGAAUCGACUGACCGAAGGUUUCGAGCUGUUCCGUGGUGUGUGGCACAAUCGGUUUUUGGCCGAAACCGGCGUGAUCGUGUUCCUCAACAAGCAAGACGUUCUCGAGCAGAAGUUGCUGGCGGGAAAAUCGAUUAGAACGUACUUUCCCGAGUAUGACGAUUACGUGGCAUUCGCUGAUAAGGAUCAGCUGUACGACGAGCUGGCACGUACGCGAUCCUUCAUACGCUCGAAGAUGGUGGACAUUACAAAUGAGCCUCCGCGAAGAACAUCGCACCUAAUCGGACGGAAACGAAGCUGUUAUUUCCACUUUACCAUCGCUACCGAUACGCAGAAUGUGCGAACCGUGUUCAACGAUGUGCAAAACAUUGUUUUAGCGAAAAAUCUCUCCAACAUCAGUGUACUGUAACGGCAGCCAGACACGUGGCCGAUAGUUGUGCUUCCCGUUGCUCCGUUUAUGUGUUUAAUGCAAAUCUCAGAAAUAGCACCACUGCAUAGAUAGGAAUCGUUUAGAAUCAGGGAGAUACAAAUUAACUGAAAGGUCGAUGUUUCUGCUAAACGAGUCUACAAGCUACAAGUGGUAAUAAAUUUAUUACAAAGCAAUUCUUUUGCAUGUGCCGUUACUUAACGUUAACUUAGGGUAAUAUUUCAUGUCAUAGAAAACGCGUUUCAUGUUCUGGACCACGUUAUUAUGCAAAAAUCUACCGCGGUUAGAAAGUUAAUUAACUUAAGUUGCGUAUCUUGUUUUGUCGAUGAUAAAAAAAUGAUAGAAAAAUAAAAUAUUAU